AUCGGUGAAGAUCCGGCCAAACUCUUUUUAUAGAAAAAACUUCACAUAAACACUCUUAUAACCAAAGAUGUGGUGACAUACUGAUUAGUGGAAAAUUUUGAGUUGUGUUCAUAUAUAUGUUUUUUUAUUGCACUCAUUGAACUGUAUCCUGAUUCUCUGUAAAGAACAGAACAACCUGCAAAUUUAUGGAAGUUUCAAUAAAUAUACGACGAACUAGAAUGUUUACUAUUAGAAUAGCUGAUAAUACUCUUGUCCAAAUCUAAAUUGCAUCUGUCCAGAUUUAAGACUCCUAAAUACUUGUAUAUAUAUAUUAAUCCGAACAAAUAUCUAAAAUGCCUAUAAUCGAAGAAUUAUGCAUUACUUUAAUAGUCCCUCACCAAAAGUUUUCAACACAAAACAUAAACAUUUAGUAUAAUGUUUUGUGUUCAUAUUUUGAGAAAUUCAAAUACAAAAUAAAUAUUAAUAUAAAUUUCUAUGUUCAUAUUUUGAGAAAUUCAAAUUGAUAUAUCUCACUAGUGAUGUAUAUCGCAACCUCAUCUUACUUUCACAUGUUUAUAAAUAUGAAAUUGCCACCGUCUGCUUGUCUUACAAUACAAUUACAACUAAAAAACUAUCAUAGUCUCUCUCUCUCUCCAUCUCCCACUCCCUAAAUCAAACCUUCUGCACAAAGUUAACGACUUGAAGGAAGCAAAAUGAAUGCGUGGUAUAUCGUUAUUGCAAUCGUCUUCUUUGCAUCUAUACUUAUUACAAAUAACACGAGAAAGACAAAGAAAAACCUACCUCCUGGACCACCACGACUUCCUAUAAUUGGAAACUUGCACCAACUGGGAUCAAAACCUCAUCGCUCUAUGUUCAAAUUAUCUGAAAAAUAUGGAUCUCUAAUGUCCCUCAAGUUUGGAAAUGUGUCUACGGUUGUGGCGUCAACUCCAGAGACGGUGAAGGAUGUCUUGAAAACGUUCGACGUUGAUUGUUGUUCACGACCUUAUUUGACGUAUGGUGCAAGACUUUCAUACAACCGCAACGAUCUCGGCUUUUCUCCUUAUAGCAAAUAUUGGAGGGAGCUGAGAAAGUGGACAGUUGUGGAACUCUACACCGCGAAAAGGGUGAAGUCUUUUGGACAUAUCAGAAGAGAAGAAGUUGCCUCCUUGGUCGAUUUCAUCAAAGAGUCUGCCUCAGUGGAGAAACAUGUUAAUUUUAACCUCAAGUUGAUGAAACUGUCAGCAAGUGUGAUUUGUAGACUUGGAUUUGGGAUAACUCUUGAAGGGAGUAAACUUGAGAACACUUAUGACCAAGUCAUUCAAGGGAUCAUGGAGGUUACUGGAAGUUUUUCAGCAGCAGAUUUCUUCCCCAUUGUUGGCGGACUAAUCGAUCGGCUCACGGGAUUACAUAGCAAAUGCGAGAAGGUUUUUAAAGCAAUGGAUGAGUUUUUUGAUGAAGCUAUAAAGCAUCAUUUAGAAGAUGAGAGUAUUAAAGAUGACAUCAUUGCCUUGCUUCUUAGAAUGGAAAGGGGGGAGAUUGGACUUGGAGAGUUUCAACUUACUCGAAACCACACCAAAGGAAUUCUUUUGAACAUUCUUGCUGCUGGAAUAGACACUUCUGCCCAAACUGCAACAUGGGUGAUGACACAUUUGAUUAGAAACCCAAGAGUUCUGAACAAAGUGCAAGCCGAGGUGAGACAAGUGAUCAAAAACAAAGACCAUAUCACAGAUGAAGAUAUAGAGAAACUGGAGUAUCUCAAAAUGGUGAUUAAAGAAACAUUACGGAUAAACCCACUUGUGCCACUUUUAGUUCCAAGGGAGGCUUCAAAAGAUAUAAAGAUUGCUGGUUACGACAUUCCAAAGAAAACAUGGAUUCAUGUCAAUGUUUGGGCAGUUCAUAGGAAUCCAAACGUUUGGAAAGAUCCAGAAGUUUUCAUCCCUGAGAGGUUUAUGGACAAUGAGAUCGACUAUAGAGGUCUAAACUUUGAGUUGUUGGCGUUUGGUAGCGGUAGGAGGAUGUGCCCUGGUAUGGGUAUGGGUAUGGCUUUGGUACACUUGACUCUUAUCAAUCUUCUUUACCGUUUCGACUGGAAGCUCCCGGAAGGAAUGGAUGCAAAAGAUGUUGAUCUUGAAGAAUCAUAUGGAAUUGUUUGUCCUAAGAAAGUUCCACUUGAGCUUAUCCCUGUCAUUACCCAGUGGACUUGACUUUCUUAUAUAAUAUUAUUUUCAUAAUAUAAGAUGUAAUCUUUGGAAGUGUUUUGAAGUCUUAUCAUUAUCAAUAAGAAAGAUGUUUGGUGAA